CCUUACUCGCACGGCGAUGCCGUCAACACCACUUUCCGAUAGGAAUUACACGGCAUCGAAUGCGAUAAUUUGCGGAAGCACGCUCAUAUCACUUUUAGAUCCUUGCUUAGAAUUUUGGCGUUUCCUUCCGAAGAAAAGCAAUUCUACCAAUGGUAUCAGCGGUAGUCCAGCGCAAAGCGGACUUCCUUCUGGAACAGGCCGCAGCAGUAGAAGAAACAGCACGCAUCACGAGGCAAGCUCGUUUGAUAGCCGAUAGAGUAUUGGAAAACUCGCAAGCGCUCGCAGACGACCUAUCCUUGAGUACAGAAGGUAGCGACUACGAGCAGAGACCGCAGCACGACGACGACAACGAGGGCAGUAUUAACUUUGAAGGAGAACCUAAUAACGCGAACUCUGGUUGCGCCGCUGCGACUUGUUCGUAUCACGCGACUGGUGAUGAAUCCUCCAAUUCCGACAAGCAUGGUCCAUUGGUAGAGACUCCUCUAUCGCCCGUAUCCGAAGUCCGCUAUCUACGAAAAUCCGUUCGGGCCUGUUUCGUGGCGCUGCGGGAAACCCAGGAAAACGCGAGCCUGAAAACUCGAAGACUGGAGGCGGAGGUCGCUUACCUGCGCAAAACCCUCUCGGACGCUCAAGCGGAAAAUUCGCAACUGGUUAUUGAAAAGAUGAGCCUCGCAAAACUUGUUGGCGUCGAAUCUACCCCAAAUGGAGUCAACACGACUCGCAGUGAUCCGGCAAGGGGGAACGGGACGACUACAACCAAAUUGCGCCAGCAAGAUUUAAAACUGGAAAAGCAUCUCAAUUCCCUCCUAAUGGCCCGGAAUCAAGCUGUCAAGGAAAAUUACCUGUUGAAACGACGUCUCUUGCAAACCUGCUUCACCUGUUACGAGCGUCUUUGGAUCGGGAAGCGCCACUUACAAUUAGCAACUGUAGACGCGCAACCAGCCUCCCCAGGCAACGGCGCAUGCCGUCCCACGUGGCAAAAUGCCGCGCAGCAAAUGGUGCAGAAAAUUGCCAACAAUUCGACCGAGGGACCCAAUCAGUCCGAAGCGUUGACGCCGUUGCUUCCCACCACCAGCAGUUUAGUGCCCAUAGCCCUAGAAAACGAAACCCCGUCGGGUGAACGGAUUCUUACCAAAAGCCCCGCCGAAUCAGAAGUGACGUCCAGCGCAAAAUUGUCAAGAGGCCCGAUUCCACGGACGCCGCAGAAGACAGCCCGACUUUCAAAAACCAAAACAAUGACUCCUGCAGAACUUGCAUCCCAAGAGGAUUGUCCGUCCGAAGCGAAGCAAGGGUCCUCCAAGCCCCAAACGGCCCUGGAUAAAAGUAUUUCGCACUGGAUUAGCAUUCAGCGACGGCGGAACGAGAUGUCCAAGGUUUCAUCGACGACACCGGCGACAAACAGUACCACCAAUCCAAACAAAAUCAACAUAGAUGCUCGCCAAUCACCGAGGACUGGCUCCAACCUAGCCAGCACCGAACGUCCAGAUGGUGGGGGCGAUGGCCCGUUAGAACCUUCUGCUCUAACGGUAAGCUCUCAUAGUCAAUCGCGUAACCCAUGGGGACGCUUACGGUCAAAGCGUAGCAACAAAGCGCUUCACUAGGAUAAAGAGAAAUGGCUCUGACGGAUAGAUCAAUGAUGUUCUCUUGGAAUCCCCCUAGACGCGACCGUGAGUUGCGAAUGGAGCAAGUCUGCUUAGACUGAUCUAUAGAACGCAUUGUGCAGAAAAGUAUAGCCUGCUAGUAAAGAGUCGCGUUAUUCAUACCG